AUGCAUUCUUCUUCCGGGGGGGUCGUUAUCACAUCCGCAGGAGGAUUGAGCGAAAAUGCGCUCGGAUUGGUUUUGAUUUCCUUGAUCGAUGACAUCGCGUUACUCGGCGUCACCUUGACAUCUACCGAACAGUCGAGGAAAUUAUACGAAGUCGCAGAAGGAGGGCAACCCGGGGACGUGGAAGCACCGACAGGGGCGAUUUUUGCCUUGGCGAUUCUCAUUGGUGGCGGGUUCCUCGUGGCGACGACGUUUGGGUUAAAACCUGGAGCUGACGCUCAGGACGAGAUGAGGAAGAGGGACGAGCAAAUAUUCAACAAGAAGAUUAAGAAGUGA